AUGGAAACCCCCUUACAGCUGCAGAACGAUUUGUUUCCACAGCAGCAGCAGUUCCACCACUGUAAGUACCAGCACUACUGCGGACGGGGGGAUCGGCUCGGCAAGCAGCACCAGCAAUGCUGCACCUGCAAUGACUGCACCUGCGAUGCAAGAAAAAGCCUCAUCUUCCGCGGGACGUCGCCGACCACUGUGGGAACUUUGAAGACACCUUCGGAGACGUCUUCGAGGCAAGGCUGCCAGUACAGCGUCUGCGAGUUCACGCCUUCUAGUCAUGGUAGUUCAUCCAGACAUCAUCAUCCUCACCGUCAGCAGCAGCAGCAGCUUUGCCGCGAUCGGUUGCGGGGCAGCCUGGGCAGCAAAGACAGUAACUCCUACAAUGAAAUAGCCAUGGGCAGCUGCAGAUACAACGGCGGCGUAAUGCGGCCGCUGAGCAACUUGAGCUCGUCCCGAAGAAACAUACACGAGUUUGAUUCCGAGUCCCAGCCUUUGCAACCCAUAUCAGCCGCGGAUGCGUCGGACACUCUAGUCUCCAAGCCGGAGAACAAUUCCACCACCCUGAUGCCUUACGCAUCGGGAGACGGAGGGGGCGGCUGCGGCCACAGCAGCGGCAAAUCGGGGAAAAAGAAAAACCAGAACAUUGGGGAAAAGCUGGGGCACAGGAGGGCCUUGUUUGAGAAGAGGAAGCGGCUCAGCGACUAUGCUUUAAUCUUUGGGAUGUUUGGGAUCGUUGUUAUGGUUAUAGAGACUGAGCUCUCAUGGGGAGCGUAUGGAAAGGAAUCCCUGUAUUCGUUAGCUCUAAAAUGCCUGAUAAGCCUUUCUACAAUCAUUCUCCUGGGGCUGAUCAUCAUAUACCAUGCAAGAGAAAUACAGCUCUUCAUGGUGGACAAUGCAGCUGAUGAUUGGAGGAUAGCCAUGACGUACGAACGCAUCUUCUUCAUUUGUCUGGAGAUCCUGGUCUGCGCCAUACACCCCAUCCCAGGGAACUACACCUUUACCUGGACAGCACGUUUGGCGUACUCCUACGUCCCGUCCAGAACAGACGCAGAUGUGGACAUCAUUCUUUCUAUUCCCAUGUUCCUGCGACUGUAUCUCAUCGCUAGAGUGAUGCUGCUGCACAGCAAGCUCUUCACUGAUGCCUCAUCUCGUAGCAUUGGGGCCCUCAACAAAAUUAACUUUAAUACACGCUUUGUGAUGAAGACCCUCAUGACCAUUUGUCCUGGCACUGUGCUGCUGGUUUUCACCAUCUCGCUGUGGAUCAUCGCUGCAUGGACUGUGAGAGCUUGUGAGAGGUACCAUGACAACCAAGAUAUAACCAGCAAUUUUCUUGGAGCCAUGUGGUUGAUCUCAAUCACGUUUCUAACCAUUGGAUAUGGGGACAUGGUCCCACACACAUACUGUGGAAAAGGAGUCUGUCUCCUGACUGGCAUUAUGGGUGCUGGCUGCACUGCCUUGGUGGUGGCUGUGGUGGCAAAGAAAUUAGAACUAACCAAAGCUGAAAAGCAUGUCCACAAUUUCAUGAUGGACACCCAGCUAACGAAAAGAGUGAAAAACACAGCUGCGAAUGUUCUCAGGGAGACGUGGCUCAUCUACAAGAACACCAAACUGGUGAGGAAGAUGGACCACGCUAGAGUCAGGAAGCACCAGAGAAAAUUUCUCCAAGCCAUUCACCAAGCUCGAAAAUUGAGAAGUGUUAAAAUGGAGCAACGCAAGCUGAACGACCAAGCAAACUCACUAGUGGACCUUGCUAAGACUCAAAACAUCAUGUAUGACAUGGUGUCAGACCUAAAUGAGCGAGGCGAGGACAUGGAGAAGAGGAUUGCCCUACUAGAGACAAAGCUGGAGACUCUGCUGAGUAACUUGCAAGCUCUUCCUGGACUCAUCAGCCAGGUCAUCACCCAGCAGCACAGGGACUUUCUGGAGGGUCAGCUCCAGCCUUACGACAAACACAGCCCAGAGCGUUCACAGUCGGUGUCCAGAAGGAGGUCGUCCUCCACAGCACCACCCACUUCCUCAGAGAGCAGCUGAAGUCUGACAUUUGCCAUCAUAUGGCCAACGUAAAGCCUUAUGGUUUCAAUAAGUAUUAUCCAAAUUCUGAUGACAGAAUUGAGUUACUGAGGAUGAUGCAUUUUAAUGAGCAACUUCAUGCUGUUAUUGUUUUUAUUAUAAAAAAAAGUUGUUAUUCUGUUCUUUGGUGACACGACUACAAAAAAAAUGGCGUUUCCCUCAGUCUAAAACUAAAAGGCUUAUAAAUGGGGCUAUGACACAACGUCUUCUCCAUCUCUAUGCAGAGGUAGCCAGUUCCACAUGACAAGGUUUCCAGGUGCAAAACUAUUGCACUAAAAUAGUGCUUCUAACAGACUUUAUGCUCUUGCUAGCUUGAUUUAGCUGCAGGGUUCCUCAAAGCAAACAGAGAAAUCCGUAAGGGAACGUGUCAGGGACAAAAAGGAGAAAACUAUGAAGAUCUGGAAUAAAAUCACAGCAGGAACCAGGUGAAAAUGGCUCCUCUACCCCAUCAGGUAGAGAUACCUUUAGAAAGCUUGAAAUAAUAGGGGGGGAAAAAACACUUAACUUUUAGGUUAGAAACAGAAUCAACUAUAGCUGUUUUAUUUUUCCCAGCAUCUCCUCUAGAAUGACUAUUUUUGGGGCGACAUGGCAAAUACUUUAAACCUCAAGAGGAAAUGAAUGCAUCAAAAUCUCUACUUGCACUUAAUUUUUCUUCAAUGCACUUCAAUGCUGACUGAUAUAUCAUAUAAAGAUGUGUUACUCAUUAAAAGAAGAACAUGUGACAUGUUUGGGCAUGGAUUUAUUACCGUCAAUUCACAUGUCGUGGUUAAUGUUGAUAAAGCAAGUGUUGAAUCAAGCAAAAACUCAUUUAAUCCCUUUUCUUUUGACAAAGCCAAUACAUAAAGACUUGUAGAGGUUACAAAAAUGCAUUAAUAAAUCAAAAAUCCUUCUGUGAUGACCCAAAUGUUUUGUUGUGUUCCACAUCCUGUCUUCUCCUCCUCUGCUGUUGCUUGCUGUCGUGUCAGCUGGGCUACAACAAAGGCUGAACUGUACAAAAUAUACAACUUUUGAAAUGGAGAUAAAAAUGAUGCCUAUUUUUUUAUGUUUUUGUGAGGAUAAGCACACCUCUUAUAAACAAAUUAAAACAAGGUGGUAGAAAAGGUAGAUUCAGUCCAUCUUGCUUGUGUUUAAGGACUUUGUGGACUUGAGUAAAACUCUUAAGUAGUUCAAAGAGGUUGCAUCCCGAGACGAUAAAAUAAAGUCUGCAUCCUUAAUGCGUCAAUAUUCAGUGUAUGAACAUAUAACAAUACCCUUUCAUAUUUCAGGAAAAAUAGAAUUGAUUAGAUUGUAUCAGGUGGUCAGUCAUUAAACCAGAAGCACUGAUUUAAACCUGCUUAUCCAUUAAUGACAAAUCAACCAGAAGCUUAACAAAUAGCAGUCCUCAAACUUUAGCAAAACAGAAUCCAAAAGGAAAUUACAAUGUAUGUGACUUGAAUUAAAAACAAUAAAAAUACAGAAUUAGA